AUGGGGGUGAAUCUUGAUCAAAUCGAGUUCUACCAUGGCCCAAGUCGCCAGCCGCCUUCCACCAGUACCAAAAGCGUGACCCCCAGUCACGUUCCGGCUCACGUGCCACGAUAUUUCCAGCAGUCUUUUCCGACUGGGUUCGGCUUCCGUCCGGGACUGUGUGAGGUACCUCCAGGACAGCCACCGCAACUCACCGGUACGACUCAUGAGUGGAACAUUUUUGAUUUCGAGAUCAAUAAUGUCUACGGUCCUACUCGGCCUGACGUGACGAAAGAUGUCGAACCUCCAGUGACAACAAAUAUGCCAGCUGCCUGUGAUAUCCUGUUGGAACGUGGAACUUCCGCGCUGGAUUCCUCAGAGCCAGUGCCAUUGACAGACUCUCCCAAAACAAGCCCAUGUCUUUCAGAGUCAGAUAUGCCGGGAUAUUAUCUACCGGACGCCAUUCCUGAUACCAAAAAAACGGAGGCUUCUCCACUCUCGUGUGUGCCUUGUGUGACCGCGCCCGUGCCUGCACCCGAACAAGCGAAUCGUCCCUUUAGCGACCUGUCCGUGGUGGAUGAUUCCCAACAAGAAUCAGCCAAGCGGAAAUUAUCUAUCACGGAGCCCUCAGGCAGUUCGCACCCUGGGAACUACGAAGAUGAUACGGACCCAAGUCAGACAUCUGACCUAGGUGGGAAUUUAUGCUCCAGGGCAAACGAUACUCCGGAGCGGGAAGACUCCGGCACUGCUGAAGACACGUCAGCCCCAUCUGGCCCGUCCGCUCCGCCGACCGUGCGCUCUACUUCAGAGUGUUCUCGUGUUCUAAAGACACUGACUUCUGAUAUCCCGGUGCGCUAUCCGUCGAUAGCUGUGGUUGUACCAUCACCGUCCUGGAAGCAAGGAGCCACCAGGACAAGCACAAGGGCGGCUGCGGUAGUAUGCAAGAAGCGACUCCGCUCAGGCCGAGGCACCAGCAACCACCAAGAUGGGAACACCACCUUGUAUGACACAGAACAGCCGGGUCAAAAGAGGAAGAAACGGAGGCCUUCAAACAGGCCAUGUUCCGACCCUUCGGACUCUUCUACUCCCGUUUCAUGUCAUUGCCCUGGUGCUAUCCAGGGUGUACGCGGGAGUGCUCUCCUCACGAUCGAACCUAAUUCUGGCCUGAAACCGGCAUAUUUCUUCACUUUCGUACCCGACCCUAGCCCGAUGUUGUCUCAACCCCACACGGCGGUUGUCCCGGGGAAACAAAGACCGUACACAUCGGACGAGAAUGCGCUGCUGGUGCGGCUGAAGGAAAAAGAGGCGAUGUCAUGGUCGGAGAUUGCGAGUCACUUCCCGGGCCGAAAUAUGUCAUCCCUUCAAGUCCAUUAUUCAACCAAAUUACGCCACAAGGCCAGCUCUCGGUCUGGGAAACCGAGGAUACGCGAAUGA